UCCACCACGGGAGAGGAUCCUAAUUGACUUUACAUUGGCAUUGUUUUUGUGGUGGCAGCACGUAAUUUCAACCCAUUACGUACUGCCACCACGGAAUGCGGUGUUAAGAGGUCGUGCAUUUCACGUAUUUCUGUGAGAUCAGGUUGACCUCCUCCAACAUGCCAGCCCAGCCAGAGAAUGAUCAGGGACAGUCACAGUAAAGCACAGGUCCACAGCAGGGAGAUUCAGAGGAAGAUGCAGGAGAAGAGGGAAGUGAAGAGGACGACGAGUUUACAACAGCAACAAAGCAUGUUGGAUGGAGGACAAAUGCAGGGGGAUCCAGCCCAGCCCUCAUCUCUACCGGCAGCAGACCAGGCCUCCUGCGCUACAUACCAGCUCUGGAAGGAGACCUACCAGAUAGUGGAAGUGGACCAGCUCUUGACCAACACAUCCCACACUUGGCCAUCACAGGCAGCAGAUCAGGCCUCGACCAGCACAUCCCUGCUCUGGCUUCAACAGGAACCAGACCAGCUCUCAACCAACACAUCCAGAGGAUGCCCGGGGCAGCAAACCAAGCUUCGACCACUCGACAGCAUGCCCACACACGCAAACACAACGCCUUUCAGCGGCAAGAAAUCACUAAUUUCCAAGCACAGCUUGUGGCAUCAUUGCAGGAGGAAAAAAAGGAUGAGGAUUUCCUCUUUGCAAAAAGCAUCGUUCCUAAUCUUCCACGCCUGUUGGCAAUCAAGAAAGGAGCUGUCAAACUGAAAAUCCAUCAGCUGCUCUAUGAUGCAGAAUUUUCAUGUAUGUUAAUUGAAAUUAGAAUUUAAUGCAGAACAGUGGUUAAAUGUGAUAUAGCUAUGUGGUAUUUCUAUGAACCACUAAUUUUUCAAAAAUGAUACAUCCUCUGAACUUUCAGGAAGAUGCAAAUUGAAUAAGAAUGUACAUUUGGUAGCAUUGGCUGUGGUGGCUGAGGCAAUAGCAUAACUAUGUUGAUAUAAUUUGUAUGUGGUAUGUGUCAUCAUCGACUGACUUUCUUUCUUUUUUCUUUGUCUUUUUGUCACAGAGGUAAAGAGCUGCAGCAUUUCAGAUAUUUUUUGAUGGUUAAUUACAGUUAUUGUUUAUUCAAUUAACACUCAGUUUUGUCUUUGGAGUGUAAAUGUGUAAAUUUGUCUAGCUACAGUACAUCAAAAUGUUAUUUCAGGUCUUGUUAUAUGUACAAUAUCAUGUA